UUUCUCCGCUUUUGUCUUUCAGAGCCGAGUGUCAUUUGAUGGUCACUCUAGAGAGAGAGAGUGAGGGAGGGAGGGAGGAAUUUAGGCAGAGGAUUUAACUGCUGUCUGUUAAAGGAUGUGUUGUGAAGUGAGAGAGGAUUUGAGAGAGAGAGAGAGAGGAUGUUAGAGAGAGAUUCAGCUGUUCUCUGUUAAGUGUGGUGGAGGGAGGGAGGGAGAGAGAGAGAGAGAAUAUCAGGAAGAGGUAAAUUCUAAGAGAGUAUUUGUUGUUCUCUGCAACACAGGAUUUGGGUAUUAGUGAGAGAGAGAGAGAGAGAGAGAGCUUGAAAGUUCCAAUUGAUAUGAGAGGGAGAGAAAGAGAGAGAUUUUAAGUGUGUUUGGUGCUUUCCUUGCAACGCAGGUUUUCGCCGUGAGAGAGAGAGGGAGAUUUUACAGAGUGAAGGAGAGAAAUUUGAGAGAGAGAUAGUACUGCUCUCUGUGACAACCAGAAAUUGCCUCAGAGAGAGAGAGAGAGAGAGAGAGAGAGAGAGAGAGUGAGUGAUUUCGCUGAAAGGUUUGACUGCCGUCAGUAACAUUGGGAAAUUCGGUGGAGGGAGAUAUUUGCUGCUAUAUUUAGCUCAUUGCAGAGGAGUACACAGUCUCUGCUCUCCUUUCUUCGGAAGAGAUAACUGCGUGUACACUUUUCGUAUUUGGUGAAGGGAAUAUUCCAUUAUUGCAAAUGAUGUUUUAUUCUAUAUUUAGCGGAAUGAAGGCAAAGACUUGAUUUUUUUUUUUUUGAGAGUUUUCAGGUAGGAUUUUUACUAGAUUAUAUGAAGAGUGGCUGGAAAUUUGUGCAAUUGUAGAAGAACAGAAUAGAGAUUCUUGAAAAUUAAGGUGUCUCUGCAAUUUUUUACCCUGUUUCCUUGUUGUGUAAGAAACAGUUUUCUUCUUUGAUGUUGAAUGUGUGAGAUCGAAGGAUUCAUGGAGAAUCUUUGAUGUUGAAUGUGUGAGAUUGAAGGAUUCAUGAAGAAGAAGAUGGUUUCUUUUGAGCAUUUUUGAGGCAUGUAUUGUGACUCUCUGAAACUACAGAGAGAAAAGGAACAGAGCAUUUAAAACUUAGGGUUGCUGGGGGAGUAUGCCAUGGAAAUUUGGUGUUUUUUACUGUGAUUCUCUGUAAUUGCCGAGAGAGGAGAAGAGGAUUUUUGACAGGCCUGCAAUUUUGGUGUAUUCUUUUGUAAUGUUAAGUUUCCUCUCUUUUAUGUUGCUAGUGAGAAGAAAGGAUAAUGUUCAUUUACACAUGGAAGAUUCCUGCUAAUUUCAGGUUUUCCCCCCUCUCAUAUAUGUUCAAUAAAUGCUUUGGAGACGCCAUACCACUGCUAAAUUUAGGGUUCUCUUUUUUCAAGCUUAAUUGAGUUGCAGGGGCUUAUAUAUUAAAUGAUACUCUUAUUUGAUGAGAAAUUCAGGGUUCAUUGAGAUAGAGAUCUCUUAUUGUUUUAGGGCUUGUUUCCACAGAAGGAAAGUGGAAAGGAAAAUCAGAAGUACAUGCUAUUUAUAGGUACGUCUGCCCUGACUUUGUUUCAUUUGGCAUUUGGACAUUUAAGUUGGAGUUAUCUUUUGUUUAAGUGAGGUGUAAUAUUUCAGAAGCUUAAAGACAGGUGGGGUUUGAGGUUCUUAAAAUGGAGGUGUCUUCUCUAUAUAAGAAGCUGCCAUUUACAGUUUUCUCCAUCCAUUUGAGUGGUGUUCUGGAAAGAGGUUAGAAAGAAAUCUCUGCUUUAUAAUCUUUUGUGACCAUUCUGGCUGUGAAACCUUAAGAUAGAGGGUUUCUCGAUCUGAGGAAUCUCGUGAAGAAAAAGAGGACUUGAUUUUAGCUGGAGCAAAGGAGGUUAACUGAAGAAUUGUUAUCAAAGGUGUUUCCUUUCUGCUAUUUACUGUGUCAUAUCUUCAGAUAUUGAACUUCAAGUGAAAAUUUGUGAGUUAAUUUUGCGAUUUCAGCCUUCCUGUGUUUCUUACGAAAAAAAUCGAAUAUCAAAUGUGGAGCGGUGAUACUUUGAUAUAUCGAUGUGCUUCAUUUGGAAAUUCGGGCCUCCAAAUUUGAUAGUUUGAGUAAUUUCUUUUGCCAGUUAAGAAGAAGAAUAGGGAGGAUAAAUUUUUGAGAGGUUCUUAGCUUGGAUCCACUAAACUUAUAUUGGGAAAUAGCUAGAAGACGAGCUUUUACAUAAGAUUUUCUCAUAAGAUUUUCUUUCCCGUUAUAGUUCUCUUCUUCUUUUUAGGCGAAAAUGAUGGGCAGGGACUCUUUGAAAGAUUUGAGCGCUCCUUUGAGGGAAGCUGAGAAAUGCCUUGACUCUCAGUUAUGGCAUGCUUGUGCAGGUGGCAUGGUCCAAAUGCCCCCUGUUAACUCAAAGGUAUUCUAUUUCCCUCAGGGCCAUGCAGAGCAUGCUCAAGGGCCUGUAGACUUCUCGAAAACCGCUCUUAGGUUCCCACCCCUUAUUCUGUGUCGAAUAACCUCAAUCAAAUUCAUGGCUGACCCUGAGACCGACGAGGUCUAUGCAAAAAUACAUCUAGUGCCCCUAAGGUCCGAUGAUUUUGAUGGCAUGGAUGAAAACAACAGUGGGGUUUUUAGUAAUUGUAGUGGGUGUGAGGUCUCGGAGAAACCUUCCUCUUUUGCAAAGACACUGACCCAAUCUGAUGCUAACAAUGGUGGGGGUUUCUCGGUUCCUCGCUAUUGUGCGGAAACUAUAUUCCCACGCUUAGACUAUUCUGCCCACCCCCCAAUUCAGACUGUUCUUGCAAAGGAUGUACAUGGAAACACAUGGAAGUUUAGACAUAUUUACCGAGGUACCCCUCGUCGCCACCUUCUCACAACAGGGUGGAGCACUUUUGUUAAUGAAAAGAAGCUUGUAGCUGGGGAUUCUAUCGUCUUUUUGAGGACGGCGAAUGGGGAGUUAUGUAUGGGUAUAAGGAGGGCAACGAGAGGAAUUAGUGGGGGAGAGUCUCAAGGUUGGAGCCCAAUACCUGGAAGUUGCGUCUCCCAUUAUGGGUUGUCGAGAUUGGAGGCUAAGAUAUUGGGGGUUGGUGGAUCCGAGGGUUUUUCCAUGUUCAUGAGAGAGGAGGAAGGGAGGUUGAUGAGGUCAAGUAGUGGGGGAAUAAAGGGUGGGAAUUCGAAUUCAGAUGGGUUUUUGAGGGGGAGGAAUAAGGUUAGUGUGGAAGCAGUGGUGGAGGCAGCAGCUUUGGCGGCAAGUGGUCAGCCAUUUGAGGUUGUGUAUUAUCCAAGGGCAGGUACACCAGAGUUUUGUGUAAAGGCAGGGGCGGUGAAGUCAGCACUGAGGAUGCAAUGGGUGCCUGGUAUGAGGUUUAAGAUGGCUUUUGAGACAGAGGACUCAUCGAGGAUAAGUUGGUUUAUGGGGACGAUUUCAAUUGUUCAGGUGGCAGACCCAGUACAUUGGCCUAAUUCACCUUGGAGGCUUCUACAGGUAACUUGGGAUGAGCAGGAUCUGUUACAAAACGUGAAACGUGUCAACCCCUGGCUGGUUGAGGUGGUAUCAACCAUUCCAAGUGUUCAGCUAACUGCCUUCUCUCCUGCCAAGAAGAAACUGCGUCUCUCUCCUCACCUCGACUUCCCCAUUGACUCCACAUUCCAUCCUCUCUCCUCAAACAUUGACCCGACAUUCGCUUCUCUCUCCUCAAAUCUUAAUCCCACUCCUCUCACCUCCUCCAUGCCCAGGCCUACGAACCCAUUUCAGGGCCUCCCGGACUACCAUGUUCCUGCAGGCAUACAGGGAGCCAGGCAAAGUCAGUUCGGUGUUGCUCUCUCUAACCUUCACUUGAACCGACCAAACUCCACUCUUUUCCUGGAUGUUCUCAGGAGGCCUGAGCAUGUCUCGACCGAGCUCAUCAUAGGGAGCUCAAGCACUCAAGAUAAUGUCUCUUGUUUGCUCACAGUUGGUAGUCCCUCACUGAACUACAAGAAAUCAGAAAACCAUAAACCAACACCAUUUUUGCUUUUUGGAAAAACUAUACACAUGGAGCCUCAAGUAUCAGCAGUGGAAUCAACUGAUGGGCAUGAGGAAGUGGGUUCCCCUGCUCUUACUGUGAAUAGCUCACCAGAACAGAUUCGAGAAAGAUCUGAGCUUUUUUUGGAGAAAAACGAGCUUAGUUUGGAUAAUAAGCGAGAAGGUGGAAAGUGGGUUGAAGAGGGGAAUGGCCAUUGUAAGGUAUUCAUGGAGUCUGAGGAGCUUGGAAGGUCUUUGGACCUCUCGGCUUUUGGGUCUUAUGAAGAGCUUUAUAGGAAGCUCGCAACAUGGUUUGGGAUUGAGAGGUCGGAGACUCUUAACCACAUGCUGUACAGAGAUGAGAGUGGCACUGUCAAGCAAACUGGAGAUGAACCUUACAGUGAGUUCAUGAGGACAGCGCGAAGGCUGACAAUCUUGUCUGAUUCCAGCAGCGACAACAUGGGCAGAUGAAUUUUGCUGCAUUCAAAGGUUAAAUUUUGUGCGAGGGGUGACAAUCUUGUCUGAUUCCGGCGGUGACAACAUGGGCAGAUAAAUAUUGCUGCAUUCAAAGGUUAAAUUUUGUGCGCAUCAGUCGCUUCAGUGAACGAUCAGUUUCUCUCUCUAUCCAUGGUGGUCAAUGAAAAACUUUGAUCUCAGACUUGAUGUUACGCUUCCUUUUGUUUAGGAUAUUUAUUUUCUUCCUUCCAGAUUUUCUUUCUUUGAUGUAAGAAUAGCACAAUAGUUUGUUGCAGUUUGUCUUCAUUCUGAAAGAAAUGAUGCAUUUGUCUCAGCUCUCC